UGGAUCAUCACGCUCAUCUUUGCGGUUCAGUUUUUCUCUUUUUCUGUAAUUAUAGACCACACAUCCGGCAUAUGAUGAUUAUAGGAGCUUUAUGAUUUCACGCUAAAACAGGUUACAUGAAUAUAGAAGAAUAUUUUGAAGAAGAUGAAGAACCACCUUUACUGCUCAGCUCCUGUCUGUCUGAUCCUGCUGGAGUUAUGGGGGACAUUAGCGACGCAGUGUCGGUGGGAGGACGGCUGUGUGUGUCCGGUCUGUCCAGCCGGGCACGAGCCCACGGCCUGUGGGGAACCUGAGGGCACCCGGGAGAUCGGGUUGUGCCGGAUCUGCCCAGCGGGAACCUUCUCUGACAGUCAGGACACUGAGCCGUGCCGCCCUCAAACCUCCUGCGGGACGCUCAACCGAUGGAUCUCCACCAAACCAACCUCAACGUCUGACGCAGUGUGUGGAGGAUGCCUUCCCGGGUUUCACCCUGCUGCUACACGGAGGCCCUCCACCCUCCACGCCUGCGUCAGGAAGCCGCACAGCCGGCGGAGACGAAACGUUGUUAAGGGCACCUCCAUCAGGGCUGGAGCUGGAUCUGGAAACACCACCAGCGUUCAGGCUCCAGAGGAGAAAACUACGGAGUACGCAGUGUUUGCUCUGGUGCCUGUUUUCUGCGUGAUGGGGCUGCUGGGAAUCCUCAUCUGCAACCUCCUCAAGAAGAAGGGCUACCGAUGCAGCGCUGAGAAAGACGGCAUGGAUGCAGAAGCUGCUACUCCACAGAAAGAAGGAAACCCUUGUCCAUACAUUGUUGAUGACCCCAAUGAAGACACCAUUAGCAUUCUAGUGCGGCUCAUCACAGAAAAGAAAGAAAAUGCAGCUGCUCUGGAAGAGCUUCUGCAGGAAUAUGAGGACAAGCAGAUGGCCCUUAACAAGAGCUCAUCCAUUAAGUUUCCGGGUCUUCCUCAUUUCUCUCAGUUUCGUUCUCUGCCGAGGCUGUGUACACACCAGCAUCAUUUGCACACUAUAAACGGCCUGGCCUCGCGCUCCGGUGUCUGCUGUUCCCGCUGCAGUCAGAAGAAAUGGCCCGAGCUGCUGCUGCCGGCGCUGGCACUGCCCACCGAUAUGCACAAGAGCCCCACUAACAUGGUCAAAGCACCUGAGGUCACCAUACUGUCUGUGGGAAGGUUCCAGGUGGCUCAGAUCCCAGAAAUGAAGUCAUCUUUAAAGGAAGCGCCUCAGCCUGAAUCAAGCGACACCGACUCUAUGGACAGCAGUCAGACGGAGCCGGCGGAGGAGCGAUCGCUGCUGGGAGUGUCCUCAUCCUCUAACUCCGCCUCCGCAAAGGCAAGACAGGAACUGAACUUAUGACCGGUUUAUCAGAGCACAUCCACUGACAAGACGGACCUUCGUGCGGAUGACAUCAUCAGAAGGUGACCAAUCAGGCCAGAGAUGUGAUGUGAUGUCAGUAUUCAAGACCUGGAGGAGCUUUGAACUCGUAUUUAUUGCUUAAGUCAUAGAACUAUUUUAUUCAAAAGGAUAAGCAGAUAGCAUGGGUGCUUCCAUAAGACACUACAAAGGGGUUUAGUGCCCUCUACUGCUGAUCGACACACUGCA